AUUCUAUGCUAUAGACAGGAAUAUGAAGGAAACGUAUUACAGCAGAAUUCUCUUGAAAAGUUAAUCAGACUAGUAGUUUCACCGUAGAAUUCAAGCAAAUUCUCAAUUCCUCGUGUUUUAUAUCAUUCUUCGAAACGAAUCGGUAAAACGGGCAUGGGUUUCUAUCAAUCAUUUCGUAUCAUAUUGUUUUACAACGCAAAGAUUGAUGACAUAUCGGUUUAUCGAGAGCUGAAUUUAUGUUUUGGAAUACGAGUAUGCAUUACAUAUUGUGUGUACUGACUAUAGCGAUUAAGUUACAGUAUUCAUACGCCGAAUUUACUUGCAGAUUCGGCAGAAAUACUGGUUAUAAAACGAAUUUCACUAACUGUGGUAUCGCACGGACACCAUUAGAAUCGUGGGCAAAUGUCAGUGGUCACGGGUAUCGUGGCUACGCACCAAGCGGACAGAAAAAUGAUGGGUUCCUAGUCACGAGGUUGAAACGUUCAGCAAGUUUAGAGCUCCCAAGGCUCUACCUUUUACGAAAUUCGGGAAUUCUUUCAUUCCACUACAAGUUCUACUCUCUCUCUAAAAGUAUCCUUGAAGUUUCCGUCUGUCCUGGCGGUGUUCGUGUACGCAUUCCUGACAAUGACCUUGUCGACUGGCAGAAGAGAGAAAACAUCGCGGUUUACUGCGAUGGACGUGAACCACAGAUAAGGUUCUUUGCAUCAGAGAUCAAUAACAAAAAUCGUAUAGCAUUUGAUAACAUCAAGGUUGUGUCAACUUCACCUCCAAGUAAGAAAAUGAUUGUGGCAUUCAACGACAACGACACGAACAACAAGGAGAAAAGCACCAACGACGACAACAAGAGCAAGUACAGCCACGACCAUCAUCACCACCACAGGAUCUACGACAGCGACCCCAGCGACAUCGGAGCGGUCAACGUCUUCAUCACCAGGUAA